AUGUAUAGUUGGACAAUCUGGAAGGCUAGGAACAAGGUUGUUUGGAAAAAGAAACACUCAUCUGUUAAUGACGUGCUUACUUCUGCACAAGUAGCUCUUGAUCACUGGAAUAAAGCUCACGAUAAAAUUUUGUUGUCAUCAAUCUGUCUGGAAAACAUCGGUGAUAGCGCUGAGUCAUGGACUAAACCUGUAGAAAACACAAUCAAGAUUAAUGUAGAUGCAGCACUCUUUGAUAUCGACAAUAAGUAUGGUUUCGAAAUUAUUGCCCAAAACUAUCUUGGUUACCUUGUUGCAGCACGGGCCGGUUGCCAUGGUGGAAGAUAUGCAGCUGAAGUCAUUGAAGUCAUGGGGAUUAAAAAAGCUCUCAGUUGGGUAAAGACCAACAAUUGGCAACAUGUUCAAAUUGAGACGGCCAAUCUUGUUUCUGUACAAGCUAUUCGAAGCAACCAAGCAAUGAAGUCCACUUUCGCCCUUUCAAUCAAAGACUGCCAACUUUUGUUAUCUACCCUCCCAAAUGUUAAUUUAUUUUUCAUUAGACGAUCAGCAAAUCGAGUAGCACAUUAUGUUGCUAAACAUUCUCGGUAUCAAUCUGACCGUAACAUUUCUGAUAUUUCUAUUUCUGGUGAACUCUUACAUCUUUUGCAUUCAGAAUGCUAA